AUGCUGUGGCCCGCGGCCUUUGCGUGGAUUGUUAUGGCGUUUGCAGGAACAGAAGACUGCGAUCCUUCCAGCCUGCUGCACCUCAUGAAGCCCGCUUCAUUGUAUGGCUGGGACGCUGACUGGCCCCAAGACUACAACCGUGCAGAAAUCGAAUCCCUGGUUGGCGACAAAGCCACGAAUAGCGCAGUGUUGCAAAAGCAGCAUGCCGCCGGACGUGCACGUUGUCAGAGUGGAGAGGACGUUUUGGAAUCCGGCGGAUUUUGCUACACGGAGGAGGGGCAGCGGCUGAUUUCAACACAAAGUUCUGCCGUUGACGAAGACUUUUGGCUGCCAAAACAUCAUGUCAUGGUUGAGCCAGGCUUCGCGUCAGGCCUGGCAAAGCUGGUGCUGAAGGACAGUGAGUCAGUAACAGAUCUGGGAGCUGGUGUUGGACAGCUCGGGCAUGCUCUCAAAGCGGAGCACAGCAAUCUGCGCUACUAUGGCUAUGAUGGAGCAGGGAACGUGGAAGAGUACACUGGAGGUUACGUGAAGUUUGCAAAUCUUGGCUAUCCCACGAAUGUCGCAGUCUCUGAUUGGGUGGUAUGCUUGGAAGUUGGAGAGCACAUACCGCACGAGAAUGAGAAAAGCCUCAUCGCGAACAUCCAUGCUCACAAUCGGAAAGGCGUAGUUCUUUCUUGGGCACAUCUUCUUCAAGCGGGGCACGCUCACGUGAAUUGUCACUCCGCAGAGUAUCUUCGCCGAGUCUUUGAAGGUCUUGGAUACAAGUAUGACAAUGCCACGUCGCAAGCCCUCCGCGAGACCGUAGAGGGUGAGCAACGCUUCUACCGGGAGAACGUGAUGAUCUUCCGGCGGCCAUGA